AUUCUGAGCUCUAUAUAUGAGCUUGUCUUAGAGAGACACAUUUUUAUUCUCCAAAGGUUCUGACGACACACUAAGGCCUACAUAGUAAAGGGGAAAAAAUUAGAAGUAGAAAAAUUUAAACAAUUAAAGGAUAUCUUUUAAAAAUACAGUUGCUAUUGACGAGAACUGCAACCAUGGCACCUAUUUUACUGAACAGCAUGGGGAAUGAACACAGUGAUUACAUUCAACAGGAGGAGUAUGUGAAGAACCCUCAUCUGGACAGCAUGGAAGAAGACAUCCUGUACCACUUCAACCUGGGCACCAAGACCCAUGACCUGCCCCAGAUGUUUGGAGAUGUGAAGUUUGUUUGUGUUGGCGGAAGUCCCAAUCGGAUGAGAUCUUUUGCCCAGUUUAUUCAUGAGGAGCUGGAGCUGCCCGGCAACAUUGCUGACAUCAGAGAUAUCUGUGAGGGAACAGACCGGUAUUCCAUGUAUAAAGUGGGACCUGUGCUGUCCAUUAGCCAUGGCAUGGGCGUUCCCUCUAUCUCCAUCAUGUUGCAUGAGCUGAUUAAAUUGCUCUAUCAUGCUCGUUGUCGUGAUGUCAUCAUCUUUCGCAUUGGCACAUCAGGCGGAGUUGGUCUGCCUGCAGGUACCGUAGUAAUCACAGAUAAAGCUGUAGACUCGUUCUUCAGGCCACAGUUUGAGCAGGUGGUUUUGGGAAAGGUAAUCAUCAGGAGUACAGAGCUAGAUGAGGAUGUGGCCCAAGAGCUGCUGCAGUAUUCCUCAGAGCUUCCAGAUACUCCCACUGUUAUCGGAAACACAAUGUGCACACAUGACUUUUAUGAAGGUCAAGGGCGACUGGAUGGAGCUCUGUGCUCAUUUUCCACUGAAGAAAAAUUGGAAUAUCUGAGAAAAGCCAGUGAAGCAGGCGUCAGGAACAUUGAGAUGGAAUCCACUGUCUUUGCUGCCAUGUGUCGUGUCUGCAAUCUGAAAGCUGCAGUAGUGUGUGUGACUCUGCUGAACCGGUUUGAGGGGGAUCAAAUUUCAACACCUCAUGAUGUUCUCCUGGAAUAUCAGCAGAGACCGCAGUGCCUCGUGGCUCAUUUCAUCAAGAAACGCCUUGGACUUAUCUCAUAAAAUCCUGUAAUGAUCUACAGUGUAUAUAAUACUGUUCAUAGUGUGUUUGUGUUAUUUAAAGAUGACUUUCACAUUCUCACACCAUCCUCAGUGGACUACCUUACAUAUCAGCUCUAAUGAACACAUCUAAGUUACUACUGUAGUACUAGUACUAAAACAGUUUGUGUGUAUUUUAACUUGUAAAUCAAAUAUAUAUAUAUAUAUUUUUUUUUUUAAAUUAUAUGUAUGGUGAGUUUUCACACUGACCUUUUACACUGUACCAAUAAAAAUAAACCAAUUACACUGUACCAAU